AUGUAUGAAAAACCUAAAACACCACAAUUUCGAGCAACAAAAAUGUGGAAUAAUCUUGUUCAAAAUUUUCGUUCAACAAUAAAAUUAAAAAGAAAACGUCAUUUUUUUAAAACAUAUCAAAAUUGUUUUUCAUCAUCAGAUGCUUUAACAUGUAUGGUUGAUAUAUUACAACACCAAUCAUCAAAUUCUAAUAGUUCGUCGGUUACACGAACACAAGCAAUUACAAUGCUUCAAUCACUUUAUAAUGCAAAAAUCUUUUCAGAUAUUAAAGAUGAUUCAAAUCGAACAGAUGCAAAUGAUCCAAGACAAUUUUUAGAUAAUAAUAAAAUUUUCAAACUUCUACCACAAACGGAAGAAAAUAUUUUUCCAUUAGUACCAACUAUUGAUGAUAACAAAUCGAUAGAAUCACCUUUAAAUAAUGAAACAAAAACAUCAUUUUCACCUUCAUCUGUUCUAGGAAUGAUGUAUGCCUUUGCUCGACAAAGACGUAAACGAAAUUCAGUUAGUCUAUUUAAACCUUGA